CUCUGAGUGCCGGGGCCGGUGCAGGACGUCGACUGCUGCUGCCGCGGACCCGCAGGCGUGCAUAAACGGCUGGAGCCUCAUUUCUAUCACGGGCUAGCGUGGCUAGGCCAGGAACGCUGGCUCCAUCGCUCCCGUCGUCCAGCCUCCAGCGUCCAUUCACCACGCAUCUCGCCCGCCGCCCGCCCGUCCGCCGCUCUCGCCCGCUCUCACUGCCACCCUCAUUUGUGCCGGCGGCACCCUCGCGAUGGGCAUCCCGGUCGGCUGGAACAUUGUGCGCGACGAGGCAAAGGAGAAGGACGUGCUGCGCGCCGACCUGACCGGCGCGCGGUCGCCCAUCCGACGGCGCACGCGAGGGAGGGCCGCAAGGCCGCGGCGCGAAUGGUCCUUCGAGCCCUUGGAGCCCGUGCUGCUCAGCGGCCAUACGCUGCGCUUCGACGGCGUGCAGCAUGCCCCGCGCCUCUCACACGCUCGCACCCAGCUGCCGCCCGCCCCGCCCGUGCCCGAGCUGCGCGCGCGCGACUUCGACCGCGACGAGCUGCAGCCGCGCCCGCUGCGCACCGCCGACGGUCCCGCCGAUGGCCCCGCCGACGCCGACGGCACGCGUCCGCUGCCCGCCCUGACGCCCGGCUUCGCGCCCGCGCGCCCCCGUUCGCCCGUCGUCAUCCCCGGCGAGCACACCAGAUCUGACGGCCCGCGCCCGCGGCGGUCACGCCUAUUGGACCGCUUUAUCGUGCCCGACGAUGACGAGCGAUACUCCGACGACGAUGACGACGAGACGCCGCGCACCAACGAUGACGACGGCAUGUCACGCACCAACGCCGUCUCGCACCCGCCCCUCCGCCGCGUCGGCCACCGCAGGAUUGCCGACGGUCCGCUGCCCGCCUCGUCGCUCCGCGAGUCCUGGUCCCCCGUCUCCACCGUCGACGGCCUUGGCGACCGCGAGCGCAGCAACAGCAUGUCCAGCACCUCCUCGAACCUGCCCUGGCAAAACUUUCUCAGCACGGUAGUGCCAGACCCCGUCCCGCCCACCGCCGAGUCUUCCUUCGCCUCGUCCGCCGCCAGCGCCUCCUUCGCUGCCUCUAGCAGUCGAGCGAGCAGCAGCAACUCUAAUUCGGCUCCCAGCGAGCACACCCACGUCACCAUCCCGUCGCGGCGGCCGACUCCCGGUGCCGUACGCAGACGCGGCGAGGAGAUGAGCGAGAGCUUCGCGCGUGCGUGCGAGUCCUCUGACGAAGGUGACUCGACCGCCUCCGACACUGAAGACGAAGCCAGCGCCAACCCUCUCACCAGACGCCGCAUGCGCCCCAGCUACUUCGCCGCCCAUCCGCCCAGCCCGAGGCGGUACGGCAGGAGCGUAAGAGACCAAGGCGUCGACGCACGGCGAUACGUGAGGAGCUACUACGCCAACCCAAACACCCACGGCGCUCUGUACCAACUCGACGGGUCGCAAGACGCGCAGGCCGACGCGCAGAUCCCCGUCGUAAGCGAGGACGAGCAGGAAGCAGACAGCUUCGCAACCGUCGCCGCCGACGACGCGGAUCACAGCACGAGCCCCGCCUCCCCGCUGGACCAGGAGCUGCGGGACGCGCGUAGCCUGCUCGAGCGCCUCACGCGGCGCGGCGACAUCGGCGACGACUUCUGGGCGAGCGUCGGGCUGACGAGGAGCUUCGCCGACGGCGUCGAGCGCGUGCAAGAGCGCGGACGCUUCUAGUGGGGCGUGUCGCCCUGCCCACCAUCUACCCCUUCUGGCAACACGGCCGCCGGGCCAGGCUGGGCUGACAGCCAGCCUCCUGUCCCGGCGACAGGCGCGGGCCGACUUGGGGCGUGUCUUUCUCCGUCUCGGCGCGGCAGUGCGCCCGAGACUUGUUUCUGUUCUUGAGCGUUUGGGUCCGGAGUUGUUAUUCUUUGCGCACGCGAAGCAGCCACAGCUGGCUAUGAAAAUCACGGUAAACAGACAUGGAUAUACGAUUACGCUGCACGCACGCAACGGGGCCUUCGGCGGCAGGCACGCAGACGCACGCAGGCGCCUGCGACAGUAGGAUAGGAUACGAUAGGAUACGAUACGAUAUUAGUAGACUUCAAAAGUUGAAUGCACCCUCGUGCGCUUGCC